GGGCUUUUCUGGCUAAUGUUGGCCCACAGGGGAGAUGUCUGUGUCCCUUCUGAUCUUUGUCUUCAUAUUCUGUUCUUUUUUCUCUACUGUUUCGUUUGUACCUUCCAGGAACGUGAGUCCCUCAAUGCCAACAUAGUAGAUGCCAUCAACCAAGCCUCAGACUGCUGGGGUAUCCGGUGCCUACGUUACGAGAUUAAGGACAUCCACGUGCCCCCACGUGUGAAGGAAUCUAUGCAGAUGCAGGUAGAGGCAGAGCGACGGAAGCGGGCAACAGUGCUGGAAUCAGAGGGAACGCGGGAAUCUGCUAUCAAUGUGGCUGAGGGGCAGAAGCAAGCCCAGAUCUUGGCAUCAGAAGCUGAGAAAGCCGAACAAAUCAACAAAGCUGCUGGAGAAGCCAAUGCCAUGUUGGUCAGAGCUAAGGCCAAGGCUGAGGCCAUUCAGCUUCUGGCAGCUGCUUUGGCACAGCAGCACGGCAGUGCAGCAGCCUCUCUCUCUGUGGCUGAGCAGUAUGUGAGCGCCUUCUCCAAGCUUGCCAAAGAUUCCAACACGGUCCUGCUGCCAACCAACACUGGUGAUGUCACCCACAUGGUAGCACAGGCAUUGGGCAUCUACACCACGCUGACCAAGACACAAGCUGUGAAAACUCGGGAUGAGCUACCUCCAGCCCAUGGGGACCCUCAGCCCCCCAGCACAGAGAUGCUUAAGGCAGAGCAGGUGACCUCCAGCUAGUGGGGCUGAACAGACACUGGACACACUGAUGGGACAGCACCCACCAGAAAGGGGAUACUUGUCCAGGGCCUGUGAUGCCGUGGGGAGCCCUAUUCCGCUGUCUUCCCUAGCUAGACAUUCUUCUUCUUCCCUUGGCCCUUAUUUUGUAUCUGAAUCUGAUCAUGUAAUAAAUAUUAUCAUUGCUGCAGCGCA